AUGUGGUGCCUCCUUGUGCUGCUCUGCUCCCAAGGAAUUGCCUUUUCAGCAGGAUUCACAACACCCUCCACUCUGAAUUCAGACACAAGCCAGCACAGGAAGCCUCGCAACCCUGAAUGCUUUAUGAAUGUCAGUGAAAUUAUCAGAUAUCAUGGAUACUCCAGCGAGGAAUAUCAAGUUACCACGGAGGAUGGAUACAUUCUUGGUCUUUUUAGAAUUCCUGCUGGGAGGAACAGCCAAAAUACAGGGCAAAAGCCUGUAGUCUUCCUACAGCAUGCUUUUCUAGGAGACGCUACCCACUGGAUUUCUAACCUGCCUAACAACAGCUUGGGCUUCCUGCUCGCGGAUGCUGGCUAUGAUGUCUGGAUGGGAAACAGCCGAGGGAACACUUGGUCUUUAAAACACAAGACCCUUAAUCCCAGCCAGAAAGCGUUCUGGCAGUUCAGCUUUGAUGAAAUGGGUAAAUACGAUAUUCCAGCAGAGCUGUACUUCAUCAUGAAUAAAACUGGACAGAAGGAUGUAUACUAUGUUGGUCACUCUGAAGGCACAACAGCAGGCUUCAUAGCAUUUUCUACAUACCCUGAGCUGGCUAAACGGGUGAAAAUGUUCUGUGCUCUGAGCCCAGUAACCACAGGCUCACAUGCUACAAGCCCUCUGAUUAAGAUAACAAGUGUUCCUGAACCACUGCUCAGGUUAGCAUUUGGCUGCAAAGGAGCCAUGCACCAGAUUGGAUUUCUGAAAGGACCUGUGACGCAGUUGUGUACAAGCCUGGAUAAGUUCUGUGGCCAUGUACUCUGUUACAUAGCUGGAGGCAACAUAAAAAAUCUGAACACGAGCCGGAUAGAUACCUACGUAGCACAUUCCCCUGCUGGAACAUCUGUACAGAACAUUAUUCAUUGGCAUCAGAUAAUACGUGCAGACCAAUUUCAAGCUUAUGACUACGGCUCUAAGGAAAACAUGAAGAAAUACAACCAG